AUGGAAUCAAGGGGGACAUCACAAGAAGAUGUAUCUAAUACGACUGUUGCUGCAGCAGAGCCUGACGUCGAUCAGAUGAAGUACCUGGAGCUGAAAGCAAACUUGAAGAGGAUGGGCUUGAGCUCAAAGGGCAGAAAGAAGGAGUUAGCGGAACGCUUACGAGCAGCUAACAAUAAAAAACAAGAUGACGAUGAUGAUGAAGAGGAUUCAGAGGAUGAUGAUACCGAAGACGAGGAAUCUAUCAUCGACGAAAAAGAAACUUCUGCAAGGGCAAUGCAGAUGUUGUCUUUUAAAGACGUUGAAGAGUCUGUCAACAUAUUCAGUGGAGACGGAACAACUAGCGUUAAAUGCUGCUAUACAAGAAAUCUCGGGCAAUCUAGUGUUAAGAGAGUUUGA